UUGUAGUGAAAGUCUGUCGAUCGGUGGACACGUUUUAGUGUAACAUGUGAUAAGAAGUUUUUAAAGCAUGUGUGAAUAAGAAGCAUCUAUAGAACUGUGUAUUUUUGUUGAAAUAAAUUUGGAGCCAUUAUUUUAUCAAUAUACCAGAGUUACAAAUUUAUAUCAGUGUGGCACUCGUAGAUGUAAAAAAACCAUAACUCGUGAACAACCAGCACCAUGACCAUGGAAGAACGUACCAACAGUAUCGAGGAUGGCGCUCGAACUAUUUCGACCGGUGCUACAAUAAAUUCUUCUAGUCCUAACGGUAUCAAAAACAAAUUAUACGAGUUGACCCCCGGCGACGCAGCUUAUCCACUGCAAAGAACCACUCCAAGCAAGCGGUCAUUCGAUGUCGCGUUUUUGGUAGCACCAGACGAAAAAUUGAUUAAACGACAAAGCGAGAAGUUGGCGAAUUUGCAAUUAUGUACAAAUCGGUUGAUGAAUGAUGCCAUUCGACAGCAGCAGCAGCAGCAGCUGCAACAGCAGGUCGUGUCUAUCGAUAGCGAAGAUUCUCAUGAAUACGAGCAUCACAGUGAUCGGAUACCACAAAAUCUGACCAUCAAACAUUUUGAGGCCAUUAAAAUACGAAGGGCUGAGGAACACCAAUCGCCAACUUAUACAUCUCCAAAAAGAAGAUUGACAUCACCUGCAGAUUUGUCACCAGAACCAUCGCUCAUUCACCCUUUGUACGCUGGGUUACUCAAGAGUCCUAGUCCAAAUAGUUUAUUUCAGCGUACUCAAGUUCGAAAAUUAUUUUCUGAUGAAAGUGCAUCAAAGAGUACUUCUGAUUGCGAUAGUUUGUCCUGUUCGGACACUCGCAGUGCAUUUACAAAAGUCGCAAUUUCUAAUCAACGCAAUGACUUAGUUGAGGUAAAUUCAAAUCUCGUUUUCGAUGAUGGUACUGCUUCGCCAAGAUCUUCGGUCUCACCUGAUGUCAUUGCUUAUCAAAAUAGUUUAAGCCCACCAGUCCCGGUGGGAGCUUUUAGUCCUAAAUACCCUGGUGCUACAACAUCUUUUCCAACAAAAACUCCUCCGUUACCAUAUCCAUUUCUCCUGUCUCCUGAUUCGGUUCAGACAAGUGCAGUACUUGACAAUUUGAAAAUUGGCGCCCAACAGGCACCCAAAACUCCUAGUCCCAAAAGUUCAUCCGUCAAUUUUCGACCAGAAACACCAUCUGUUAAUGGCGUUAACAAUUCUUAUCCACCUUUACCUUACAAUCCAUUAAGCGCGGUGUUUCCCCCAAUCGGCGCUGAGACCCUGACUCGACCAAGAUUUCUAGCUGCUGCGAGUUUAAUACCUUCGUCUCUCGCUGCUCUAGCUCUACCAGCGCAAAACAUUUGUGCUAAGUGUAACUUGUCGUUCCGCAUGACUUCCGAUCUGGUGUACCAUAUGAGGAGUCAUCACAAAAGCGAGCAUGCCGGUGAAUCUGCCAGACGUAGGCGGGAAGAAAAACUGAGAUGUCCGGUCUGCGACGAAAGCUUCCGCGAGAGACAUCAUCUAACUAGACACAUGACAGCACAUCAAGACAAAGAGAGCGAUGCUGUUGUGGAUCAAGUGGAAAUCAAGAGAAGAGCCGCUGCUGCGGCAACUGCCACGAUGCUCCAAGGGAAGUGACGACGCAAGACAACUUUAGAAUUUACUAAUUUGAGCAACUUCGUCAAUUUAGGAGAGCAUGUUUAUCGCGGUUGAACGUAAAACUUCGUAGUUUUUAAGUACCUGGCAGUACUAAAAUCUACGAUUAUGGAGUAAAAG